GGCGCGGGCGUGGGGCUGCCGCACGUGGGAGGGCGCUGGCCGGGCCGCCGCCGCCGCCGUGGUCUCCUCAGCUAGGCCGACUCGCGCCGCCGGCGCCGAGACUCCGCCGCCCGCCUCGUCCACCUCCAAGCCGAAGGACUACGCGCCCGCCGCCGCCGGCCCCUCGGCGCUCCCAUGAUCUCCCGGUGCCUUUCGGCUGUGCGAGGCCUCCACAGAGUUGGUGGUUCCAGGAUUUUACUCAAAAUGACGUUAGGAAGAGAAGCGAUGUCUCCUCUUCAGGCAAUGUCUUCCUAUACUGCGACUGGCAGAAAUCUUUUAAGAUGGGAUCUUUCACCAGAGCAAAUUAAAACAAGAACUGAGGAACUCAUUGUGCAGACCAAACAGGUGUACGAUGCUGUUGGAAUGCUCGAUAUCGAGGAAAUAACUUACGAAAACUGUUUGCAGGCACUGACAGAUGUAGAAGUGAAGUAUAUAGUGGAAAGAACCAUGCUAGACUUUCCUCAGCACGUAUCCUCUGACAGAGAAGUACGAGCCGCAAGUACAGAAGCAGACAAAAGACUUUCUCGUUUUGAUAUUGAGAUGAGCAUGAGAGGAGAUAUAUUUCAGAGAAUUGUUCGUUUGCAGGAAACCUGUGAUCUGGGAAAGAUAAAGCCUGAAGCCAGACGAUACUUGGAAAAAUCAGUUAAAAUGGGAAAAAGAAAUGGGCUCCAUCUUCCAGAACAAGUACAGAAUGAAAUCAAAUCGAUGAAGAAAAGAAUGAGUGAGCUAUGUAUUGACUUUAACAAAAACCUCAAUGAGGAUGAUACCUUCCUUGUAUUUUCGAAGGCUGAACUUGGUGCUCUUCCUGAUGAUUUCAUUGGUAGUUUAGAAAAGACAGAUGAUGACAAAUAUAAAAUUACCUUAAAAUAUCCACACUAUUUUCCUGUCAUGAAGAAGUGCUGUGUCCCUGAAACCAGAAGAAGGAUGGAAAUGGCUUUUAAUACAAGGUGCAAAGAGCAGCACACUGGUGUCAAUCUCUGUGUAUAUCAAGAUGAUUUAAGCCAGAAAUUAAAACCCCUGGGUGAAGCAGAACGAGAGUUUAUUUUGAAUUUGAAGAAAAAGGAAUGUGAAGAGAGAGGUUUUGAAUAUGAUGGGAAAAUCAAUGCAUGGGAUCUACAUUACUACAUGACUCGGACAGAAGAACUCAAGUACUCUGUAGACCAAGAGUUCCUCAAGGAAUAUUUCCCAAUUGAGGUGGUCACUGAAGGCUUGCUGAACACCUACCAGGAGUUGUUGGGACUUUCAUUUGAGCAAGUGGCAGAUGCUCAUGUUUGGAAUAAAAGUGUUACACUUUACACUGUGAAGGAUAAAGCAACAGGAGAAGUAUUGGGACAGUUCUACUUGGACCUCUAUCCAAGGGAAGGAAAAUACAAUCACGCCGCCUGCUUUGGUCUCCAGCCUGGCUGCCUUCUCCCUGAUGGGGGCCGGAUGAUGUCUGUGGCUGCCCUAGUGGUGAACUUCUCACAGCCAGCAGCAGGUCGUCCCUCUCUGCUGAGACAUGACGAAGUGAGGACUUAUUUCCAUGAAUUUGGUCAUGUCAUGCAUCAGAUUUGUGCACAGACUGAUUUUGCACGAUUUAGUGGAACGAAUGUGGAAACUGACUUUGUAGAGGUACCAUCACAAAUGCUUGAAAAUUGGGUGUGGGACAUUGAUUCCCUCCGAAGAUUGUCAAAACAUUAUAAAGAUGGAAACCCUAUUACAGAUGAUCUGCUUGAAAAACUUGUUGCUUCUAGACUGGUCAACACAGGACUUCUGACCCUACGCCAGAUUGUUUUGAGCAAAGUUGAUCAGUCUCUCCAUACGAACACGUCACUGGAUGCUGCAAGUGAAUAUGCCAAAUACUGCUCAGAAAUAUUAGGUGUUGCAGCUACUCCAGGCACAAAUAUGCCAGCUACUUUUGGACAUUUGGCAGGGGGAUAUGAUGGCCAAUAUUAUGGAUAUCUUUGGAGUGAAGUAUUUUCCAUGGACAUGUUUUACAGCUGUUUUAAAAAAGAAGGGAUAAUGAAUCCAGAGGUUGGAAUGAAAUACAGAAACCUAAUCCUGAAACCUGGGGGAUCUCUGGACGGCAUGGACAUGCUCCAGAAUUUCCUGGAACGUGAGCCAAACCAAAAAGCGUUCCUAAUGAGUCGAGGCCUGCACGCUUCGUAAACCGGGGAUCUUUGGUAGCAGUCCAUGUCUGGAGGACAAGUCGACAUCGCCAUGUGUUACUGGCCUGGAAACUGAAGGGAGUUUUUUGCAAGUGAAUAUUUAGAUUUCUAUUGACUUCCUUUUGUUUUGUAAUUUUAAAAAUUAUAAAGAUGUAAAUGGAAUUAUAAAUACUGUGACCUAAGACCCACUAGAAAGUAAUUGUACCAUAAAAUUUCAUAAAAAUGGAUUUGAUUUGUUUUUAUAAAAGUUUCAUAUGAAUGUAAUUUGAUUUUUUACUAUUAUAAUCUAAAUAAUAUAAUGGAAGAGGGCUAAGGAUUUUUAAAUUGAAUCAUAUAUGUGGUAUUAUUUGAUCCUUCUUAUAUCUUGAUGUUUUGUACUUGGGAUUUCUGGACUGAUAAAUGAAUCAGCACAUUCCUCUGGUAGAUAUUUUCUUAGAGCCCUGCAUCAGCUUUGAUCCUCUGUCUCACAGCAAGGUGUGACCGCUCCUUUGCCUGCAUACCUCAAGGCCAGGGAAUAUGCCUCAGUAACGCAUUUGUCUGUGUGUAUCAGGCCUCAGGGUCCCCAACUUUCUGCCACACUUCCAUUAUGUUCCUCCAUUUGGGUUUGUCUUUUUUGUCUUAAGUCCAGUCAGAGAAUAUCCAAAAAUCAUGUGUUUCAGCUAGACUGGCCUAAGGUACAUUGUAAGUUUUUAUAUCUUUUAUUACAGGAUUUUGUGUCUUGUAUUAGAAGCUCAUUUCCACUUCAACAUACAAGAUCGUCAGUCUUUGGCAUAUUUGCCAAUUAGAACACUAAGGCAAGUCCAGGCAUAUUUUUCUAUUCUCCCAUUUCUAACAAGGCAUAGGGACUUUGCCUCCUUUCCUGCCCACCUCACACAAAGUGGCAGGUAGACAUGUCACAGUGGCUCUGUAGAGUGCUGUGGGAAGACAGCUGAAGCUGUGCGGAGCAUAAAGAGUUCAGAAAGUCUGGGAGAGGAGUGCAUUCUGGACUGAAGCAUUUGAGGACAGCUGCUUUGAAGUGUUACUUGUGUGCUUAAACUCAACCGCGGGAAGGAGGCUCUUCAGUAGCCUAUUUUGUCUGGUGAUAAGUGAACCUUUGGAUCUCUCUUUAACUCUCUUUAUUAUGGGCCUAAAUUCCAGUUCUGCAGCAGACCAGUAAACUCACAGUAUUUAUUUUCCCCCAAGGAGUCUAUUCAAUAAGGAAACCAAGCAGAAUAAUUAAAAAAAAAAAUUUUUUUUAAAUUUUGAAUAUACUCUGCAUAGGUCUUCCAGUUGUUUCCCAGUGCAUACCUGAGGCAUGACUUUGCUGGCUGGGGACAAACUUAGAACCUUUCUAUUCUUUAAAUGUACUUUGUGCUAAAUAAAAAAUUAUUAUGUUACAUAAUAAAAUUAUAGACAGCAGGGAAAAUCAACAGCUAUAGCAACACAGAAGGAAAUUCUAAGAUUAUAAUUGCCAAGCAAAUACCUUAAACAUCCAUAUGAAAUCCUCCCCUCCCUUCUGAGAAAAUUUGCCCAGGCCAUUUCUAUCCCAAACUCAGUCAACGUCACUCCCUUUGGUCCCCAAAGCUGUUUUUGUGAUCUUAGCAACCAAUGGUAGUUUUCUUCUACUUUUUUUCUCCCAGAUGCUUCUGUUUUCCAGUUUCAGACCAAAAAACUCUCUUCAGCUUUUUCUAUUGCCUGAUAUGUCACCUUAACAAUAACUUUAGCAUUUUAAAUCUUAUUUCCCAUGGAAGAAUUAAUUGGUGUGGAAAAAGGCUGCAUACAAUAAAAUUACAUUAUUAU